AUGGAGUAUUCAGAUACAGUCAAGUACCAUGGAGUUCCUCAAGAUGCAAUCAUGUGCAGGUUGUUCACAUUCUCCCUCCGCGAUGAUGCUCGUGCUUGGUAUCGAUCCUUGCCAUCAAGGUCAUACAGUUGGAAUGAGAUAUCGCGAGCUUUCUUGGAUAAAUAUUUCCCACUACACAAGCAGUCCGCAAUUCAAGAUGAGAUCUUCAAUUUCAUUCAGCGUGAAGGCGAGAGCUUGUAUGAUGCUUGGGAGAGAUACAAAGCCUUAUUCAGGAGAUGUCCUGAUCAUGGGCUCGAGAGAUGGUUAGAGCUGCAGAUAUUCUAUAGAGGAUUGACUUCGGACACUCGAGCUUACGUCGAUAUGGCAGCGGGUGGAGCUAUUGCAAACAAGACACUUGAUGAAGCUUUUCUGCUGAUUGAGAGCAUAGCGUUCCACCAACUUCAGUGGUACAAUAAGAAGCCCACAUCUGAUUCAUUGGUUUGCUUGCAACAAAUCACUACACCUCAACCACCAAUUCUUACACAAAAGCCCGAGCCUCUAUCUCAGUGUGACAAGGUUGAGCUUGCAUGGAUUAUAUUUGACGAUGAUGACACCAUUCUAGUUGACACACACGCUACAGAUCAUCUGGAUACUAGUGUUGGAGAUUCAAUUUUGCAUUGUGAUGAUUCUUCCAUGGAUGAGCCAGAGCUGCAGUUCGUUGCUUUUGAUAUUGAGGAGUCACCUUUAGUUGAUAUUGAUCAUGUGCUGCUAGAGCCAGAUAUGGAGAAGUUCACCUUUGAUGAUGUUAGCCGCAUUGAUUCUUCAACACUUGAGCCUGAGAUGGAGAGCUUCAUGGUUGAUUAUGGUGAGGUGGAUUCAGAUGUCAAGGAGUCAAGCUCUAUUUCACUUGUUGACACGAGUCCGGUGGAAAUUUCUACUACCACACCUCACUUGGUAUCUUCAAUGGAGGUAGUCCUGAAGCUUCUUCCUAACUAUCUCAGGUUUACGCUUGUGCACCAUUCAUUACGAGCUGACCAAGUUCGAGAUGACAUCCCAUGGGAUCCUGGUGGAUUCACGGCAUGGUGA